CCUAUUCCUCUCCCACUCGCUCCAAAUCUCACUUUCACUCACUAUAUAUACCUUCUUCUCUUUUCCAUACUCUCCUCACACUGCAAACAUCAACGCUUGCAUACUUACCAAUGGCUUCUACCAAUUCUCCUACCCUACCACUUCUUCCUAUCCUUCUAAGUGCUUACUUUCUUCUCAGUGCUGCUGCUAACUUCGACCGAGACUUUCAGAUUACGUGGGGAAAUGGUCGUGCCAAAAUUCUCAACAACGCCAAUCUUCUCACUCUGUCUCUUGACAGAGCCUCUGGCUCUGGCUUCCACUCCAAGAACGAAUACUUGUUUGGAAAGAUCGACAUGCAGCUCAAGCUCGUUCCUGGAAACUCUGCUGGCACUGUCACUGCUUAUUAUUUGCGUUCAGAAGGGUCGUCUUGGGAUGAGAUAGACUUUGAGUUCCUGGGAAAUCUGAGCGGUGACCCUUACAUUGUUCAUACUAAUGUGUUCACACAAGGCAAGGGUAACAGAGAGCAGCAAUUCUAUCUCUGGUUUGACCCAACUGCAGAUUUUCACACAUAUUCGAUCCUCUGGAAUCCCCAACGCAUUGUAUUUUCUGUGGAUGGAACCCCCAUCAGAGAGUACAAGAAUUUGGAAUCAAUUGGGAUUCCUUUUCCGAAGAGGCAACCCAUGAGGAUAUACUCGAGCCUUUGGAACGCUGACGAUUGGGCCACAAGGGGUGGACUAAUCAAAACUGAUUGGUCGAAAGCUCCUUUCACUGCUUCCUACAGGAACUUCAAUGCCAAUGCUUGUGUUUGGAAUGCAGGAAAAUCCUCAUGUAAAUCAAAUUCUCCUUCCUCUGCUGCUCCUGCCACUAAUGCAUGGCUAUCACAAGAGCUGGAUUCAACUGCCCAGAAGAGGAUGAACUGGGUGCAGAGGAAUUACAUGAUUUACAAUUACUGCAUCGAUAGGAAGAGAUUUCCUCAAGGCCUUCCACUUGAAUGCACACACUCCUAGAACAGGACUUCGAUCUUCCAAUACCCACACCAAGUGCUAAAAAAAAAAAACACCAUUCUUUUAUUUAUUUUUUCUUCAUAUCUCUAUUUUUCUUCGCCGUUUGUGCUCUUUCAUGAUGUAAAAAUGAAACUCAAUAGGUUGGUUGCUUGUACUGUAAAAAGGAGUUAGAUAAUAAUAAAUUUGGAGUUUAAAUUAAA